GUACAAUCCUUCAGCCGGACCACGAUGUCGCUCAGUUGUUUAAAAGUAGGAAACAUGGAUUGUUCUGCUCCACUUUGACAGAAGCUGCAGCACAGGCAGCUUCUCCAGUCUCUCAGCCAGUCCUCUGUCAGCGGCAGAUCCAACGAGAUGCAGCGACAACUGUGGUGACCAGCAAACGCUCAACAGGUCCCAGCACUCGACAGUUGACCCAUCUCGGCCUCCUGUGUCACAGCUCCGCCGGUUCACCGUCCAAACGUGGCCUCGGGCUGUUUCAUGUUGAGGUUUCACACCGAGGUUUGAAGCUGUGGAAGCUCCCGGACGGGGUUUCAGCCUGGAUGUGAGAUCCGGCCUCGGUGUGCGAUGAGAGGACCGGCGCUCCCUGUGUGUCUGCUGCUCUGCCUCGUAGGAACAGCUGUUCUCGGGACUCGUGGUGAUGUCACAGCCCCCUCCACCCUGACUGCAGGGGCCGGCCUCCCCCUCCUGCUCAGCUGCAACAUCACCACGGCGGCCGGCAACACCGUCAAGCAGGUCCGAUGGCUCAACGAGCACGGCAAGAGCCUCCUGGCCUACCAGCCACUUGUGCCAGUGGUCAUCAGCCACCGGGAUCCCAGGGUGCAGCUCACCGGGCACCCCGACCACGGCAGCUCCAUCACCAUCACGAGGGUGAGGUCCGAUGACGACGGAUGCUACCGCUGCAUCUUUGACGUUUACCCCAAAGGUUCGGAAGAGGCCCGGACAUGCGUCACCGUCACUGGUAAAGUGCAGCUGGAGGGCAACAAGACGGCCACGAGCGGAACCGCCGUCACCCUCUCCUGCCGGUACAGCCUCUCCGAGAGGGUGCACCAGGUGCUGUGGAGGAAGACGGCCGAGCAGGGCGACACCACCUCCGUGGCCGCCUAUAGCAAGCAGGGCCACCACAGCGUGGAGGAGCAGUUCAAGGGUCGGGUCAGCCUGAGCCGAACUCUGAAUGGCACCCGGCUGACCAUCCAGCCGGUCAGGACGGAGGACGAGGCCUGCUACACCUGCGAGUUCCACACGUUCCCCGACAGCAGCAGAAGCGCCACGGCCUGCCUCUCUGUUUAUGUUUUACCCAAACCAGAGGUGACCAAGGUGACCUCGUCAUCAGGGGUCACAGAGGCCAACUGCACCGCCCAGUCCCGCCCACCAGCAGAUAUUAAGUGGGACAUCGGAGGGGACAACCGGACACUUGGACCGCCCGUUCUGUCCGUCUUCGACCAGGGCGACGGCACGACGAUAGUGACGAGCACGCUUCUCUUCCAGUCAGGGCUGAUCAGUGAGCGCUCGGUCCAGUGCACCGUGCACCACCCGGGUCUGAAGACGCCCCUGACGGUGCCUCUCACCACAAAGGUGAGUCCGGUCGUGGUGAUCCUCCUCUCGGUGUGCGGCGUGGCGGCCGUCCUCCUCCUCUGCCUGUGUGUGUGUCUCUGCAAGUGCUUGAUCUGCACAGACGACUGAUUUGGACCGCUCCUUUGAUGAGGGUCCAGCCGAGCUCGGAGUCUGAUCUAUCUGCUCAGCACCGUGCCACAGGACGGGAGCAGAGCGUUCCACGGAGCCGGGGCCGACGCUGCUGACUCACUGGUAGACUCAAAGUAAACAGAACUAAAACCACCUUAUUUAACAAUAUAGAUUUUACACUUACAGCCUUAACUAUCGAUGUAAUCACUGUGAUCAGAGAAGAGUUUGUGGAUGUGUCUUCUGCCAUCACAUUGGGGUCAGAUCAAUUCUCCUGUGUUGAAUAGAGUGAUAUGUUAUAUAUUUUUUUACAUAUAGAUUGUGUAUAAAUAGCUUUUUGAUUUGCUUCUGCUCUGCUGUUUGAAGUAUUCUGACUGAAAUAGGGAUAUAUUCUAAAUACUCUCCUACAACAGCUGCCUCAUGUCUCCUUCAAUAUAAAAGUUUAUUAAACUGCAAAAGACUUCAGCACAGUAAAAAAAUAAGCAAGUAACUGAUUUUAAUAUUUUUCAGGACAGGUUAAGCUGUUUAAAUAGUCAAGUUUAUUUAUAUAGCAAGUUUAAAAACAACAAUUCAAAAUAAAACAAUAAUGUAAAAACAGAAUAUAUAGAAACUGCAUUAAAACAUAACACAUCUUGUGAGUUACAGGAAGUACAAAACAAACCAGUAUAGCUGCAGUUAAAGUGUGUGUGUGUGUGAGACUGACUCACUACUGUGCGGACUAGCUGUGAAUCACUGUUUGCACGUGUGUGAGAAAGUAACACAUGGCGAGUGUUUGUGUGUGUUUUAAAAGUUUGUGUGUGUGUUUCUUUGCAUCAUUGUACAGUUCUUCCUGACUGAGUCGAACCAUACACUGAAAAAAUACUUCUCCAGAUACGUUUUUCCAAAAUUAAAGUCAGAAAUUGUGUUGAUGUAACUUUGUCGCACAAACUUGAAGAAUUGGUUUGUUACCAAUGGAUGUCGUUUUUUAAGUUGGUCAACAACAGUUUUUUUCUGUGUAACAAGAACAAGUUUUGGUUUUGCAGGAAAUGUUAAUGUACCGGAACUUUGUGGACACUCGUAUUCUUCUAAUAAUCAAACAGCUCUUGGAUGUUUACACAUAAUCUACUUUCACACUGAAGUCAAUGAUCUGUAAAGUUCAUUAAGGGUUAAAUCUGAUAAAUAGGGUUGUUACAAAAAGAAUAAAGCUGCUGUAAAUAUGAUUUUUUCCCACGUUUCCUUUGGUUUAUAUUUCUGUCUUCGUUGUCGUUAUAGUUUUUUGGCAGUAUUCACUUUCUCUGUACCUGUAAGAAUCGAUUAAAGAGCAGAUUAGAACGAUUUGGAACAAAUAAAAUAAAAAAACUGAGACUUCA